CGAGGUCUUGGAGAAGGGCGUGUUGCGCGACGGCGCUGGAUAGAAGGAGUCUGUACAACGGGUGGCUUGAAGGUGGCGGGUCAAAUCGGAAAGGUCUGUUUGUUGGUCCUGCCGAUGUCCAUUGAAAUGCGAAAUUUGCGCGGACCACGAAUGUGAGCGCUUUGCACUUUGAACAGCACGGCUGAAUAGUAGUAUGUAUUGUGGGCAUGGAGGAAGUGUCGGCAUGUAAAAUGGAUCGGUGUAGGAGGAGAUAUUGAGAGUUGUACUGCACCGCGGCCGUGGGUGUGAACAUGGCGGCCUCACGCGGCGGUCGCAAUACUUUCCAUAGUUAUACUUUAAAAAGUCGGCUUUAUGUAAAUCGCCAAAUAUUAGGCGCGUUUGAGAGCAGGCGAGAAAGUUCACAGUCAGUCAAGUUAUCGCACUCCUUCUGUUGGCCUUGUUGGCAGCGCAAGUUUACAGAUAUCGAUAUAUAUAGUUACAAGCGAGUUUUAGGCGGUAGUUGGCCAGCCGGUUGAGCCACCUCGGGCGACCUAAAUGGCGAGGUCUUGGAAGGGCCGGCCCGACGUUUCAGCAGCCUAAGUUGCCAACCGGACAUAGCUUAGCAAGGAAUGGCUAUACCUAGCGGCGCAAGCGUGCCGGUGACGGAAGAAGAGGUGGACAUCGGCAGGUUGAAUGGCGAGGACGUUAUUAGCUUAGCCAUCAACUUGGCGAGGGAGAGCGCAGCAGUAAAAGCGGUUGCGAGUCAUCUGGGUAGAGAAGCGAAUAAGGCCUGCUACAUGUUGGUGACUUGGAUGUCACUCAAGGAAGCAGGCGAAGAAGUGAAGUAUAAAGGCUACAAGGCAGUCAUUCCUGCGCAAAUGGCGCCCUCGGACGUCAUGCGGAUGGAGUUUCGGCCGGUUGCGGUGCAUCAGGUGAAGUCCGGGCAGUGUGGGUGGGGCAAGGUGGGGCGCAAGGCCGGUAGGUGCCUGCCUUGCGCGCUGCGGAUGUUUAUAGAGGAGAGGGGAGGUGCGAGCUGUUCUGAGGAUGCCCCUUUUGUUUGCAGGCACCAGAGAGUGCGGGAGACUGCUUGGCGCUGCAGCAUUGGCAAGCGGCGUGCAGCAGCGGAACGGAGCACCUCUGAACGCCUCUGCAUCACCGUGAGGUGCUGACCCACGGGUCAUGAGACGUCGCCCUCAUGCGCAGAUGUGUGUGUGUGUGUGUGUGUGUGUGUGUGUGUGUGUGCAUGUAGUGCGCAGGUAGCGUGGCUCUACCUGUAUAUGUUGGUACAGAACAAGGGCUUUUCAUGCCUUGGACACGCCAACAUGCCGUAGGGCAGCCCCAAGAGGUCACCGAUAGCGGAAAACGUCCGGAGGCGCCCCAAAAUUUGAAUUUGAAGCAGUUCGACGCCAUGCCGUACAUGUACGCCAUGCCGACUAUUGCUUUUGAACAUGAGCCGCACGCUGACAUCAGGUCCGCCGACCAUGCUUGUCUGCAACACAUGAGCAACCUCACAACACUGGUCGGCGCGCCAACGUUAGGUCCGCAAUGCUGAAGUCAUGCCGGCACGCAAAGCUUGUUCGUUCGCGAAUUCAUCACCAAUCAGGAUUUACGGUACCCCCGGCCGCGGCGACCACGACGCGGCGCUAUCGCCGGAGCAAUGUAGCGACGUCGUAGGGCGACGUCGUAGACGGAGUCCGGAGCUAGCGAAGUUAGCGUAGGAAAGGGACCAAUAGAGAGGGGGGGGUUCGUAACUACCAAAAAUUGGUAAUGUCCUUAGCGCGGAUAGCGCUUCAAAAAAUCGCGAUUGGCGCGGGCGAC